CACAUGGCCAGCGACACCCUGCGUCUGCGUCAUACAUCCAGACAUUCCAUGCGUCAUCCACAACUCCCUCUCACUCGCGCACGCGACUCCUCCCACCCGCCUCGCGAACCAUAAAGCAGCAGCUAUACGUUCAGAGUGCCCUCACGAUGUCGCAACUCAUACGGCCCGACAGCGCACUAGUCGGCGACCUUGCUGCCGCGAUGUCCAUAACGAUAAAGCAGCAACUCUUCCGGCUCUGCCGGGCCUGGCUUCUCGUCCCUUUAGGGACCGUACUGACCCUCGUGGCGCUAUGGGGCCUCGACAGCGUGAUCCGGCUUUCGGGCGUCGCCUUCCCCGCGAGUGUGGCGGCAAUGCUGCUACUCUUUCUCGGGCUGAUCGCGCUCGAGCCGGUGGUGGGCGGGAGGAGGGUUAAGGCCGUGGUUGCGGUGGUGGAUGUGCCCGCGGCGUUCGCCCUCAAGUAUAUCAACCUCUUCUUCGUGCCGUCGUUUGUGCUCCUCCCACUGUCGCCGAGCGUGGGCGCCGCGGAGGUGGGGAAGAUUGUGGGGGUUUUCUUGGUCGGCUUUGUCGUGGCUACCGCGGCGACGGUCUACAUCGUCCGCGGCCUGCAAAUGGUCCUGCCGAAGGCGCGGAGGGCCAGGGAUGAGGAUGAGGAUGAUGGGGGAAUACAGCUCGCGGAGAUGCCGGAAUCGCAGACGGCGUUGCUGCCGUCGAGUACGGUGUCUAUGCCGCCGGCACCACAGCCGACGGCGGAGACGCAGCGGCUGCGCGGGGUGGGACCGUUGUGCACACGAUUGCCGGAGCGGCUCAUCCACGGGCGGCAUGUUCCUUCGCGAACGCCGUCUCCGGCACCGGCACUGGGGGUUGCAACCCCACCGCGGAGCCCACCGCCGUCGCGCGCGCAGAGGAUGGCGGCGGUGGGGACUACAUAUUUCGACGAGAUUACGUAUGGGGCACUGUUUUUGGGCUCGCUGCCGGUGCUGUACAGCACCGGCUACGUCAUGCCCGCGCACCUGAGCCUUACCACGCUAUUCUUCCUGCUGGCGCGGCGGGUGCCUCCACAGUACCAGCGCAUGCUCCACCCGGUACUCACCUGCGCCGCGCUGACGAUCCUGGGCGUCUACUUGCUCUCCGCCAGCACACACACACCGUUCAAGCACGCCCUAAAGACCUACAAGACCCCGAGCACAUACCUAUCGCUCUUCCGCUCCACCCCCUCCCUCGCCCCCCCAGGCGCAGGCAACAUCUUCGCCGCGCUCCUAGACGUCUCGAUCGUCGCGCUGGCCUUGCCAAUGUACAGCCACCGCAGCGCGCUGCUCUCACACCUGCCUUUGAUCGUGCUGCCCACGCUCCUCCUCUCCGUCGGCAGCCUAACCCUCUACCCCCUUCUCUGCUCCACGCUCGGCAUCGCGCCCGCCCGCGCGCUCGCCUUCUCCGCCCGCAGCCUGACCCUGGCACUCGCCCAGCCCGCUGUCGCAAACUUAGGCGGGGACACGCAGUUCCUCGCGGUACUGUGCAUCACCUCGGGGAUCUUUGGCGUGCUCGUGGGACCGCGAAUAUUGCGGCUGCUGGGAGUAGGGGAGGGCGAGUAUGUAGUCCGAGGUGUCGCACUGGGCGCUAAUGGCAGUGCUGUGGCGACCGCGUGGUUGCUACAAAGGGGAGAGCCCAGGGCCGCCGCGAUGGGGAGUCUGGCUAUGGUUGCGUUGGGAGUCGCGGUUGUGGUAGCUUGCGCGGUCGGGAGUGUAAGGGACGGGAUCGCGGGGUUGGCGGGUGUGUAGUGGGAUGUUGGGUAUAUAGGUGGUUGAAGCCAAGUGCUGCAGGAGGUGGGCGUAAAUGACCGGUCGGUAACUACUGCAUCCGCUGGUCCGGUGGCGCUCGGGGGGGGCGGGGGGGGGGGGCAAGGAAGAUCUACUGCCGAGUAUCAUAAAUAGAAGGGGAUCCCGAUAGAAGCAAUGGAAUACCGCUACCGUCAUGGUUUGAAGUUUGGUUCACUAGCAUAGGGCUGCACAAAUAGCGGGGUGCACAAGUAUAUAGCGGGCUCGUGGCGGGCUUGGAGGGCUUGGAAGUUGGAGGCGCACGCCGUCACUGCACGGUAUUAGUGGUGGCGGUGGAUCUGCACUUGUGAUGGCCGAUGGCCUGUGGUUCUAAUUACAAUUGCGGGGAAAGACGGCGCCAAAAUUCGCUUCACGACCG